GGUUCCUUGAAAACCCUAGAUCGCCUCUUCCGUAAAACGACAAUCACCUCGAGUCCCUAAUCCAUCACCCUCCCCCCUCUCUCCUCAACCUCCUCAGCAAUUUAAUCAAAAUUCUUCUCCCAUUAUCGAUCUUAUAACAGAGCGAGAGGACAGGGAGAGGACAGAGAGAGAGAGAGAGAGAGGGAUGAGAGAAAUGGCGAUCUCUCUCGAUGGCGUGAGGGACAAGAACGUGAUGCAGCUGAAGAAGCUCAACACCGCCCUCUUCCCCGUCCGCUACAACGACAAGUACUACGCCGACGCCCUCUCCUCCGGCGACUUCACCAAGCUCGCUUAUUACAGCGAUAUCUGCGUGGGGUCGAUCGCGUGCCGGCUCGAGAAGAAGGAGGGAGGGGCUGUCAGGGUUUAUAUCAUGACCUUGGGGGUUUUGGCCCCGUACCGCGGUCUGGGGAUCGGUACAAAGUUGUUGAAUCAUGUCCUGGAUCUCUCUGCGAAGCAGAACAUCUCAGAAAUAUAUUUGCAUGUUCAAACAAACAAUGACGAUGCCAUCACCUUCUACAAAAAAUUUGGAUUCGAGAUCACAGAGACGAUUCAAAAUUAUUACAUGAAUAUUACCCCACCAGAUUGCUAUGUCCUCAGUAAAGCUAUUGUCCAAGCUGACUCCAAGAAAUGAGUAUCCAAGCUGCUCUUUAUGUAUAAACCUAUUUAAUCCAAUGUCACUGAUGCCUGGAGAAGAAACUGUAGGUGCUCAAGUCAUGGUCAGCUGCAAGUUUUUGUUUUGUUUUAAGAAUUUAUUAUUCUUCUUGUUUGCUGGACUUUUGUUCUUCUGAACCAUUUUGCUAUUUUCCAUGAAAAUGAGCUUUUUAUUACCAUUUCCCAAA